GCCGGCCCUCUCCUAUUUUCCAAACCGUUGGUACUAUGCUGGUUGCUUGCUUUGAAUUCGGACUGGGAGCGUUGUCUCUUUGAUGGGUUUCCUGAUACCAAAGGGGGUAUUUCUUCUUGCUGCGUUGGGACAAGAUGGUAAUUCUUACGGUUCCUUUUUCUAUUUCUUUUCCUUUGGUUCUAGUUCUUGCAUCUGUCUCAUUCCAAGCUUCUGUACUGUCCUGUCUGUCAUACUGUAUGCAAAUAUGCGUCAUCAGAAAAGAAAAAAGUACAGUACAGGGAUACAGUAUCCGACCAGAUACCUUUUUUUCUUUCUAUUCCCCUCCUUUCGAGCUUCCAUUUCUUGUGACAUUGACUUCUCAUCCCAUACUACAUACCACAUCCUGUUUUCUUUCCUAUGUCGAUAUACAUAUACAUAUUUCUGUCCACAGGCACACUCACACACACACACACACACAACGAGCUUUCCCACCAUACUCUCUCAUCUCACUCGAACCUACGGGACUAUGUCUUGUCAUUUUCUCUCCUUCCGUUAUGUCUCUAUCUCUGUCUCAUUAGGUUAGCUUAGCUUUCUUAUUUUUCUAUAGUUUUUAGUAUUAUUAUUAUUUAUUCCAUAUUGCUAGUUACCUGUUGACUAGUUGUAG